UGAGAUUUGGGCGAGAAAUUGUGAAACUAUCUUACGAGUAUCUGUCUCUUGGUUAGCAAACCUCAUCUAAAAGGAAAAUCCCUAAAAGUGGUGACUUCCGUGUCAUUCUUUCCGAGAUUUUCACCUUCCUUGCAUCGUAAUCGUGUUUUCUCUCCUCAUUCUCUCUCGGAUAAUUUACUUUCGGGCGCAACGGAGUUUGUUGAGAGAAAGGGUCAUUUUCUGAUUCUCCUAAAUCCUGGGUUAGAGAUUCCAUUUCCCGAUUUUCUCUCUUUUUCGAUUCUUUUCCCUUAAAAUUUUCCUUUCUCCGGACAAUUGUUUCCUCUCCGUCUCUCAUCCAUUCUCCUCGUCCCGAACAAUCAACCUUUUUUGAAAGAAACAUAACAUGGGGGAUUGUGAAAUUAUAAUUGUGGUUCAUGCGAUAGGUAUUUGUUAAUUAGUUUUUUUUUACCGCCUAGAUAUCCUGUAAUUUUUAGAAGUGAGUUAUGCAUAUAGAGGAAUUGAAGGGGGGUGACACAGAAGAAGGUGAGGGGGAAAGAGGGUUGACGCUUCUGGGUUAUGAUGCAAAGAGGGCGUUGGUUGGAGCAGGUGCUCGUGUGCUAUUCUACCCAACCCUUUUUUACAAUGUUGUCAGGAAUAAGAUUGAGGCUGAUUUUCGAUGGUGGGAUAAGGUUGAUGAGUUCAUAUUGUUAGGUGCUGUUCCAUUUCCUAUUGAUGUUCCACACUUGAAGGAGCUUGGUGUUCGUGGGGUCAUCACAUUGAAUGAGUCAUAUGAAACUUUGGUUCCGACAACAUUAUAUUAUACUCACGGAAUUAACCACUUAGUGAUCCCUACUAGAGAUUACUAUUUUGCUCCUUCACUGCAUGACAUACGACGUGCUGUGAACUUCAUACAUGAAAAUGCAUUAUCUGGACGCACUACAUAUGUGCAUUGCAAAGCUGGACGCGGGCGCAGCACAACUAUUGUUAUUUGUUAUCUGGUGCACCACAAAAUGAUGACACCUGAUGCUGCAUAUAAUUAUGUGAAAUCAAUUCGACCAAGGGUGCUUCUAGCUUCCUCUCAGUGGCAAGUUGUCCAAGAAUACUACCAUCAUAUUAUGGUGAGGAGGGCAGUUGGAUGUGCUCCUUCAACCAAUCUAUUGGUAAAGGCUUCUGAAGGGGCACUAGAUUCCCAAGAUGUUGUGAUAUUUGAUGACAGUUCUUUUGUCAUGGUAACUGGGUCAGAUUUAGAAGGUUACAACCCAAGUAAUCAAUCGAGAACUGUGGCAAGUGAAAUAUGGGCAGAUUUAAGUGUUGUGUAUCGUGUAAGAGUUGCUGGACAAGCGGCAUUUGAGAGAAUAUCCUGCCUUUGGCUACGAUAUGGUACUAAUCACAAUACUUUUACUGCGAAACCAAGCAAUCGUCAUUUGGGAGAAAUUAAUGUCGAUAUCCGCAUGUACUGAAAUAUAAGCCAUAUUUUUCCAUUUUUUUUUUGUCUUAAAAGUGUUAUAUAUUUGGGCGGGGCCUGAAUAUAACUCACUUCCCCUGUAUAUUCCAUUAUUUGCUCAUUUGGGUCAGUCAAACAAGUACCUUGUUUAUAUUGAUAUAAUGUUUGGGUAUCAAGGUAGUCAUUCCAAAUUUUAAGAAAACCUUGUUGGAUGCUUAUCAUGGAUGCAGUUCUUCGAAAAAAAAUUAUGAAUGUGAGAGGGCUAUGAACUUACCCUUGUGGGACUA